AUGGCCGAAGUCUACGAUUGGGCAGACCUAUUUGAUAUGCCUUUGGAGACCUUGAACAAGUGCUUCCAAAUCUCGGUGGAAGAAAACCGAAAACGAUCCAUGCAUCCCGAUCUUUGGGCCCCCGUGCCCGACAUCAUGGACGCGCUUCGAAGAACGGCAGAAGACAUGGGCGACGAGGUGUUUGCGACUUGGAUAGAAGCUGGCGGUAAAGAGACACGGCAUUGGUCUUUCCGGGAUACUUGGGAAGCGGCGGGGGCCGUGGCCCAUGCCUUGGUGCAUGACUGGGGAGUACAGCCCGGGGAUCGAGUCAUGUUGUGCUAUAAUUUUAGUUUUGAGUAUUUCCCUGCCUUUCUAGGCUGCUUGCGGGCGGGUGCCGUGGCCUGUCCAGUGUAUCCGAUCGAUCCGGGGAAGAUGGAAAUCGCGCUAAAGAAAUUUAAGCUGGUGGUGGAGGAUACGGGGGCCCGAUUAGUCUUGACGGACAACUUGAUCAACUGGAUCAGGAUCGGAUGUGGGCUCUUUUAUUCCCAUCUGAUGCCGAAAGGCCUUGAAUGGAGGGUCACUGACCAGCUCGUCCAGCGCCCUCCCUCCUCCCACCCCUUGCCUCCUCCUUCGUACGAUUACCCCGACCGUGCGCCAUCCGACAUUGCCUUUCUUCAGUACACGAGCGGCUCCACGGGAGACCCCAAGGGCGUGAUGAUUACCUAUGCAAACUUAGGCGCCAAUGUUGGCCUCAUUGCCGGUGCCCAACGCUUCGCCUUUUCCUAUGCCGACCUGAUCCCGGUCAUGCACGUGAACGGCGACCGCUCUUGGUUCACGCGCUCGCGUUCUGUGUCCUGGCUGCCCAUGUAUCAUGACAUGGGCUUGGUCUAUGGUGUGGUGGCGCCUUUUUUCAUGGGCGCACGCAUGCAUUACCUGUCGCCGAUCACCUUUUUGAAAGACCCAUGCCUGUGGAUCCGCUUGUUAGCCAAGAAGAAGGCAACAUGGGCGGCGGGGCCAGAUUUCGCCUACCGACUGUGCUCGAAAAAGUGGGACGCCAAGAAAUGGCCGGUGGAUGAAUACUCCCUCACGCACAUCAUCUACAUGCACACGGGGGCGGAGCCAAUUCAAUCCACGACGCUGGUGGAUUUCAACCGUGUCUUCCGUCCUUAUCGCUUGCAUGCCCGGGCUCUUUCUCCGUGCUACGGCUUAGCGGAGAGUGUGGUGUGCGUCUCCUGGUUUGAUCCGGUAGCCAACCCUCCUGGGAGCCUUAUCGCUGGAGGGGACAAGCCAGGAUACGUCUGUUGUGCAGCGGAUUUCCGGGUGGAUCUGAGAAUUGUGGAUCCGGACACGUGCGAAGAAAUGCAAGACGGUACGGCGGGGGAACUUUGGGUGUCGGGACCCUCCGUCGCUUUGGGGUACUGGAACCAGCCAGCGCUGACCAAGACUGCAUUCCGGGCCAGACUAAGCCGGGCAGCGCCCUUAGAGGCUCGGCCGUGGGCGAGGUUUGGGAACGGGGAGUACCUGAGGACCGGGGACGUCGCCUUUAUGCAAGAUGGCCGACUUUACUUUUCUGGUCGUUUAAAGGACAUGAUGAUCAUCCAUGGGAAGCGUUACUAUGCCCAGGAUAUUGAAUUUCCGGCUCAGGACGCCUGGUCCGCCGUGCGGGGCGGAUGCAUCGCCGCGUUUUCUAUGCUAGCCGAGGGCAAAGACGAGAAAGAGUUGCAUUUGUGGCUCCCGCCCGAUAUUCUCAGCACGCUUUUCGAGAGCAUGUGA